AUGGCGCGCGCUCAUGUCUUGAGGGCAACUGUAUGUGGCCCUGGGGGAACAACAAGAUACACACAAUCCGCAGGAGAUAGCACACUCAGCUCCGUACUCAAAGGCCAAGUUUCGCAGUGUAACUACGCAGACUUUACAGUUACCAACAGCGAACCUUCGGAUGGCUCUUUGCUGUUCUAUAGAUUGGGAAUACUCCUGUGUUUAUUUGCUGGUUUUAGUUGUGUCUUUUACCAGAUUUCUGGUGCUCCUGCAUUUGAGUAUGCUAUUGGUUACGUUUUCGGACCCACCAUCAGGUGGAUAUCUGAUGAGAAUAAUACGCUACAGGCCCUUUUGCUAUGCUUAUGUUUCAGACUGUUUGUAAGCAUAACAUUGGCGUAUAUUGUGACGGACUGGGUUAGUUUGAAGACAGACAUGACUAAGAGCGAGACGAUUCUUAUUCUUCCCAAAGUAGGAUUACAGACCGAGACCAGAACAUAUAGAAGAUCUUUCGGCAAAUUGAUACGACAAAUUUUUGGGAAAAAAUAUUUGAAGCCGGCUAGUUUCGAAGAUUCUAAGGCCAAAGCGGCCGUUGGAAUGAGUCUUUAUCUCAGCGAGAAGAAGUUCCAUCCCAUGGACCGGGUGUUGGAUGUGAUGAUCAACGAAUGUUUCAGUGGUUUUAAUGUGAUAUUUGUGAUGCAAUUGAUUCAUCAAAUCUCGGAUGCUGAUGACUACGCCAUCAGUGUCGUGUUUCCGGAGCUUUUGCCGAGGCGAGAAUUAUUGGAGACGGUGUGGCGGUGUUUAAGGGAAUGCUUAGAGAAGUAA